CGUUAAUCGACGACGCCAAUGCCGCGUUUCUCGCUGCACACAAACAAACUCGCUCCCACCGCUGCUUCCACACAUCGACAAACCCUGUUCUGUCCCUCCACACACGCACACACACAUCUCUCGCAGACACACACGCAGACGCACGCGCACAGACGCACAUGCGCGAUGGCAUUCCAGUCACAGGCGGUGUUGGUGCAGGAGCCGGACUCGCAGGUGGUUUGGCACCUGCCAGCGCUGGUCAUUCCGGAGAGCGUGCAGUUUCUUGGCGGUGGAACCUUUGGCAGGGUCGUUGGCGUAAACACGAGCAACGGCGGCCAGUUUGCCGUGAAGAAGUUCACCAACCCCUUCCAGGAUGCCACCUUUGCGCUGCGCACGUACCGUGAGAUUUGCAUCCUGCGCCACCUCUCCCGCAACGGCUGUCCACACGUGCUCCAGUACAUUGGCACCUACAGCCCACAACCGGAAGACGUCCCUUUGCAGGAGCUUUACGUCGUCACGGAAAAGUGUGACUCAGACCUCCGCACAGUGCUCAGACACAACAAGCUCACCGUCCCCCACAUCCAGCUCAUCACCUACCGAAUCCUCUGUGGCCUUUACUUUAUCCACAGCGCAGGCGUCAUCCACAGAGAUUUGAAACCCGAGAACGUGGCCAUCUUUGAAGACUGUUCGGUUCGCAUCAUCGACAUGGGGCUUUCCCGCGGCCGUAACGGCGGCAACGACACCCCAUAUGUGCAGACGCGCUUCUACCGCGCGCCAGAAGUGGUGGCCCUCUGUGAAUACGACCAGAGCGCGGAUGUGUGGUCGUUUGGGUGCAUCCUGUGCGAGUGUUUCGGCAGCAACAUCCCCUUUCCCGGCCGCAACACGCCCGAGCAGUUCUAUGAGAUCUUCCGCAAGAUCGGCACACCCCCACAGUCGUUUCUGGAUCACGUCCCCACAGACGCCGUCCGCACACACAUCGCGUCCCUCGGCCAACGGCCGCGGCAGGCGAUACAGGAGUUUGUGCCGACGGCGACGCCAGAGGCCGCGGACCUGCUCGACAGCAUCUUCGUCUACUACAAAGCCUAA